AUGACUUCUCAGUGUACUAAGUCGUUCAGCACUUUAGGUACAAAUGAUUCAGGACUACCAAACGAAGAAAUAGCAUAUUUGAGCCAGGGAGAGUUUUGGAGUGAAAUUACAGACGAUUACGUUCAAAAGUUAGCAGACACAGACCCAUUGGAUGUUUUCCCCAGUAAUAAUCCUGGCCCAACCAAAGAUGAUGGAUCCAUGAAUUUUGAGUGUCAUUGCGUUGGCCACAUGGUCGCCAGUCCUUGUGGUUGGGAGUUCAGAGAAGCGAUAACUUGUCAAAAAGUUGCCACAGACGAAGAAAUGCAAAACGGUCGAUGUGGAGACGAGAUGAUGUCUUUUAUGGAGUGUGUAAUGCGAACACAAUGUUUUAAAGGUACAGGAUCAGAGUCAACCGAAGAAGAAAAAUGA